GCUUUGUGUGUUUAUGUGUGUGUAGGAGGGAGGCAGUCUUUUAGCAUAAAUAGGCAAACCGCUGUCAGUAUUUCAAACUCAGGGACCAGCAGAGAAGACCCAACCUGAACAAACAGGGAUUUGAAAUACUACACUGGACACACGCCAGCUACAAGAAUGCUUUGUGUAUAUAUUUUCCUGGUGCUGGCUCUGAGCAGAGUGGGACUGAGUUCUCUGCAGGAUAAGCAGACUGAUUUUGGGCUGAAGGUCUUCUACCAGUUGGCCCAGGAGUCAACAGACAAGAAUGUGGUCUUGUCCCCAUAUGGCGUGGCCUCUGUUCUGGCCAUGGCUCAGCUUGGUGCAAAUGGAAACACCAGCAAGGCCUUAACCACAGCUAUGGGUUUUUCUCUGCGAGAGCGGGGGAUGCUUCGGCAGCAGUGGCUUCUGCAGCGGGGCCUGUCCACUGAGGAAGGGGUAGAAAUAGCCAACGGGGUGAUGGUGGAGAGGAAGAUGAAUCUGGAGAAGAGAUAUCACCGGACCUUGGCCAAGGCCUUCAAGACCAACCCUCACCAGGUGGACUUCACGAAGCCAGACCAAGCCAUCAGCGUUAUCAAUGCAUGGGUCUCAGAUCACACUGCAGGUCUUAUCCCUGAAUUCUUGCAGUCUGGAUUGGAUCAAAGGCUGUGUGUGUCGAAGGUCCUGCAAAAACUGAAAAUUGAGGUGAAUGAAGAGGGAACCAAAGGAGCAGCAUCAACAGCUGCUGUCCUGUUUUCUCGUAUGGCCGUAGAGGAGAUCAUUCUAGACCGACCGUUCCUUUUCCUUAUCCAGCACAAACUCACAGGUGCUGUUCUUUUCAUGGGUCAGUUCAACCAGCCUCAGCAGUAACCCGCUCUGAAAACCUUUCAUUCCCCUGCGUGAGGCUACUAAAAUUCCACAUGACCAUCCAAUGGAUGACAUAUCUGACAUAUAC